AGCCGGUCUUGGACGUUUAGGUAGGGGAAGCACUUCGCUGACUGCUUUUCUGAGGCUGUGGCGCACCACCGCAGCAGCAGGUUCUGGACAGUCCGUGCGUUCUGUAGGCUGAUGCGAGCCGCUGGUUCGCAUGAGAAGGCAAUUGUCUUCCUUCCUGAAGCUUUGUGAAGAUCCAUGGAAAUAACUAAAGAGUUUGUAAUAGUUCAGCUUUGAGGAGGUAAAGCUCUGCAGUGAAGACAAGGGUUCCCUGUCCUGUGUGGGAUGUUACUAGACUGGCGGCACGUUGAGGCGGAAGGAGCAUGGUGAAACACCAACCCUUACAGGUCUAUGAGAAGCAGGUCUUUCUGUCUUUGGUUACUGGGAUCUAUGGUUGCCGCUGGAAACGCUACCAGCGUUCCCAAGACGAGAGCUCCAAGUGGGAGUGUGCAUGGUUCAUCAUCUUGGGCAGUUCUUUCCUUCUGCUUCUCUUCUGGGCCUAUUUCUGGCUGGUGGCUCAGAAUGAUUUCAACGACUUCAACUGGUCGUUGUACAAUCAUUCCGGGGAGUGGAGGGAUGAGACCAUUCCCAUUCUCACCUCCACCACUGUGGGACUUAGCUAUAUCACAUUUCUCUUGAUCUUGGCACUUUUCCAUAUCUCCUUGGGUCAACAGCUCAAUCUCUACUGGGUUCACAAGAUCGGGAUAGUGGCUACACUACUCACCACUGUCUCUGGGUUUGUCUCUGUCGAUGACAUUUGGGGAGAUGAGUGGGAAAUCAUACUUGUUUCACUACAGUUUACGGCACCUUUCCUGCACAUUGGAGGCCUGGUCACAGUCACUGCUGUGAGCUGGUUGGUAGCUGGGUAUGUGGUCCGCAAAGAGAGAUCCAAUUUCCAGGUGAUGGUGCUAGCAAUCUAUAUUCUGGUCCUCUUGGCUCUUUGCAUGGCACCUCUUACCUUCACCUGCCCCUGCAUUAUGGACCGUCAUGUCCUCAAACCACCGCCAGCCAUCAUUGGCAGACGAGGAGCGCCCAUGCUGGCCCCUGAAAACACUAUAAUGUCCUUUACCAGAGCCCUGCAGCAUGGGGCUGGCUCCCUGGAAGCAGACGUCACCAUCAGCGUGGAUGGAGUUCCUUUCCUCAUAAGGGACCAUACUUUAAGACGGACCACAGACAUCAGUAAGGUCUUUCCCUCCAGAGAGCAUGAAGACGCCUCCUUCUUUAACUGGACAGAGAUUCACUCUUUAAAUGCAGGCCACUGGUUUUUGGAGAGCGACCCCUACUGGACAGUAAACACUCUGAGUGCGAAGGAUCGCAGCAAGAUAGGAAACCAGACGAUUUGCAGCUUGGUAGAGAUGCUUCGUCUGGCAGCAAGGGCCAACAGCUCUGUGCUGCUCAACAUCCGCAAGCCUGCACCAGAGCAUCCCCGCUUCCGCAGCUGGUUUAUGGACACACUGUGGACUCUGCAGAAAGCAGGGAUUUCGCAGAAAAAGGUGACGUGGGCCCCAGACACUGACAGAGGAAGGGUGCGAGGGCUUCUGCAGACCACAAACGAGAAGCUGUCCGUGGAAGAGAUAAGGCACCGGGGAAUUACAAGCCUGACCCUCCACUACAGAAAGAUCAGCUACGAGGACAUUCAGGUAUAUCUGGCCAACAACGUGAGCCUGACUGUCUACCCUGUGAACGAGCCCUGGCUCUACUCCAUUCUGUGGUGUAGCGGGGUGCCUUCCGUGUCUUCUGACGCCCCUCAAGUUCUCCGAAAAGUGCCUUACCCAGUCUGGCUCAUGAGUCACAGUGCAUACAACUUCAUCUGGAUCUCUUCAGACCUCGUCUCUGUCGCUGUCGUCAUGGGGAUUUUCUUUUUCCAGAACUACCAUAUGAUCAGGUGGAAGAUAAGCGGGAUGCAGAACUAUAACCCAGAACAGAUCAUGCUGAGCGCUGUGGCACGGCGAACCAGUCGAGAUGUCAACAUAAUGAAGGAGAAGCUCAUUUUCUCAGAGUUGAACAACGGCUUGGGGAGCACAGAGGAGCUGUCUCUGUAUCCUGAGAAUGGCCGUGCUACAUAUUCUCAUGGAGGCCUCAGUUGCUGAACAACACGGAUAGUGACAGUAAAACUGUUGGAUUUCAGUUGCUUCACAGUUCCCACUCUGAAAAUAUUUUCAGCCAGAAGAGAAAUGUGUCCUAUCAGAGGCACUGAGAUCAUGAGUGUGUAGUUACCAUCACAAGCGCUGACAAACACUAUAUAGCCUGGUUGUCUAGUUGAAAUGUUAUUAAAAAAAAGCUGUUUUACUGAGAAGGUCAUUUUCAAUGUAUUUGUUGUAAACCAUCCUUCUUUAACCUAAUACAAGAUUUCCAUUAAACCCUGUAUUUUCGUCUUAAAAAAGGAUAAACACAUCAAUCACCAUAUUACUAGCACAAAGUACAAACAGUCAGCUGAUCUGUUUAACACAUAAUGAGUAAAGAGCCAGGCUAACAAAUGACCUAAACCUAAAAUGAUUAAUGCUUAUAGUUGACUUUAUUGGUUCUAAGAAAUAUGUACCAUUGAACUUUUUGUUUUUUCCAGUUGAGAUUUUUCUUUUUUUAUCCAAACUAAACUGAGUUAUGUAUGUUAAUAACUAUUAUAAAUAUACCCUCGGUUUGUUCUUUGUUUCUUCUCAGAGGAUUUUUAAUUGUUUCAACAACUUGCAUUUAAUAUUUUAAAUUCGCAUGUGUUAUCUUUAUGGUAUCGGGCUGAAAACAUGUGGGAAAAUGUUUUUUUUUUUUUUUUUUUUGCAUUUUCAUGGUUUAAGUUGCUUUGGGGCUUCGCAAGGAUGUUGUCGAUAUUCUGCCUCUUCUGUAAUGCCAUGAUUGUUUUACAUGUGUAUGUAAAGUCCAUUUAGCUAUUGUGACUUUCACAUGCUGCCUUUUUGUUACAUGGAUGUGCUUGUAGAGCAUUUUGACCUUGUAGGGUUUUAUAACAGUUUUGAAGUCCAGCUACCACUGUAGCUGUAGACGUAGUAAAUAAAUACAUUUUCUCCUUUCUUAUAA